AUGUCAGGCGGAGUUAGUCGAAGGAGGAAGAGGAUGGCCGAGGGCUCGGGGAAGUUGGACGAAUGCGCCGUAGUUACACUCCUUUUGACGUCUGCGCCCUCUCGGUUGGGUGAGACAUCGAGUCAGGAGCGUCAAGUUAGCCGAGGUUCGUCGACCGUCGGUCUGCCAGAAGAUAGUUGUUCGACGGCCGUGACAGUAUCAAGGAUCGCUCUUACCGACGACCCGUGCGAACCUCGGAGAAGUACGAAGAUUCUAUGGAACCAGAUAGGAGAGUUACGCGAGCAGCUUGGAGUGGAGGAUAGUGUGGGGGGAUCAAUUCAAGGAGAUGAGUUCGCUCCACCAUUACCUUCUAAUCCUCCUACACCUUCGGGUAAUGCCCUCCCACCUAUAGGAUCCCCAGUUGGAUCGGAUCAAACCCCGCGGCCAGAAAACACUGGAAGUACGGCGGACUUGAGAGAAGAAGGUACACAAGGGGUGAUAUUGGCCUUGAUGCAGAUGGUGGCGAAUAUGAACAAAGACAUGAUGGAAGAGAGAAGGCGUAGGGAGGAGUGGGAGCAGAGAAGAGAAAGGGAGACGGGAGAUACGAAGUUAGGAGGAUACGAAGUUAGGAAGGCACGAACUUCGUCGGGGACGAAGUUCGUGAGGUACGAAGCUCGGGACGUCGGGUUGAACGAAGUUCUGCGUUGA